GCCGGAAAGGGAGGCAGGGAACAUACUGGGGGUCAGUCUGGGCAGGGGCGGCGGAACCUGAACCCCCGCCCUCGAAGCGCCAUAGCUUGGCUCCUCUCCCAUGCCUUGUCUUUGACAGCCUUGUCUUCCUCCUCCAUUCCUUCCCCCCUCUCCCUCCCACCCCUCCAUGAAGGAAUCUCACAUUCCUUACAUCCCUGCCCUGGAUUGCCAGUCCCUCUUCACACACUUCACACACCGAAAAGCCUCCAAACCAGAACGCAGAGGAAAUUGAGGAUUGGGAAGGAGGGGGCCGGAGAAGGAGCAGAAAGCUGAGAGGGGUGAGGGUGUUUUGCCUGAGGGACUGACAGACAUCUUCUCCAUUCAGAAACUGACUUCAUUCUACCUAGUAGCAAAUGUGGCUGUUAGAGACGACUGAAUCACUGUUCUUGGGGACUGGGCUGUGGUAGUGAUAGUCUAAUCCCUUCCUAUACAGGUGGUUUUAGUCUGACAAUAGAGCAAGAAGCUGAUAAUGUUGCAGGCUGAUAGUUGUCCCCAGAUAGGAAUGGUAGGCAAUCUGAGUGAUGCAAUAAUGUUACUGCCCUGUGUGUCCAGCCGACUUUGUGGCUGUGCCUGGUACCCAGUAAUGGGAAAGAAAGAACAGGCUUCUUUCAAGCAUUUCCUCGUGGGCCCUCGGUACUCUAAAUUUAUUUUGCAGUCUGUUACUGCAAAUACCUUACCUAUGAAUAGCGGUAUUCAGUAUGCUUUCACAUUUAUUAUGUCAUUUGAUUUUCCUGGACAAUAUCUAAGGUAGAUAAGGCAGUUAUCAUUUUCCCUAUUUGACAGGUGAAGAAAUUGAAAAUUACAAAAGGGAUACAUGGCUUGUUAAAAGUCAUACAGUUGGUAGAGCUGGGACCAGAACCCAAGUCUCCUGACUCCUGGUCCUCCUCUCAGUUGAAAAAUCCUGUUUUGUUCUGGUCAAGGGAACAGUGAAGGAGGAUUGGUUUUCCCAGGCUGGAUAACUGUUUGCUUUCUGAGUCUGGAACUUGUCACUGGAAGACUGAACAUAGCCAACAGCACUGGCUCCUGGAAGCAUUUCUUGAGGUGCCAGGUGCUUGUGUCAGGCUGUUGCUCUUGUCAAAAUAGAAGAAGCAUUAUACCCUCCUCUGUAUUAUGGAUGGGAGAGACAGAUCAACUUCCCCCCACCUCCAACUACAGGGAAGAGAAAGUGGAUCUGGCCUUGCACUUUUAUCCUCUGAUUAGUUUUAAAAUACCACACUAAUGUGUCAUGGCUGAUGAACAUAGUAAACUAAUGAGCACGUAUACCAGACUCAGGAUGAAAUGGUCUCUGUUUUAUGACUAAAAAUCGUCAUCCUUCCGCCUGCCAAUGCAUGGGACACGGGUUCGUGCCCCGGUCCGGGAAGAUCCCACAUGCCGCGGAGCACCUAGGCCCGUGAGCCACAAUUACUGAGCCUGCGCGUCUGGAGCCUGUGCUCCGCAACGGGAGAGGCCGCGACAGUGAGAGGCCCGCGCACCGCGAUGAAGAGUGGCCCCCACUCUCCGCAACUGGAGAAAGCCCUCGCUCAGAAACGGAGACCCAACACAGCCAAAAAUAAAGAAUAAAUAAAUAAAAAUCGUCAUCCUUUCUAACAUAGCCGUUAACAUUGAUAGAUGUGAAGAGUGCUCCUGAUUGUGACAUCACAUCCAUCCCCUUGGCAAUGGAACUUGUCACUAGGAAGGAAGACUCAGUCGGAGAAUAGCCAGCAAGAUGGGUUACUGGGAGCGUCUCCUGAGUGGCACUGAGUGGAAGCAUCAGGGGGUUGGAGCCUUGUGAACAGGGAACCUGCCCCCAACACUUGGAAGGACCUGGGUUUCAGUGAUGAGACAUGGGGUAUGAUGUAACCCGUUUCCAGGGGGAUGUUGACGAAGACCUUAUCUGUCCUAUUUGCAGUGGAGUCUUGGAGGAGCCAGUCCAGGCGCCUCACUGCGAGCAUGCUUUCUGCAACGCCUGCAUCACCCAGUGGUUCUCUCAGCAGCAGACGUGUCCGGUGGACCGGAGUGUUGUGACGGUCGCCCACCUGCGCCCAGUACCUCGGAUCAUGCGGAACAUGUUGUCAAAGCUGCAGAUCGCCUGCGACAACGCUGUGUUUGGCUGCAGUGCUAUUGUCCGGCUUGACAACCUCAUGUCUCACCUCAGUGACUGUGAGCACAACCCAAAACGGCCUGUGACCUGUGAACAGGGCUGUGGCCUGGAGAUGCCCAAAGAUGAGCUGCCAAACCACAACUGCAUUAAGCACCUGCGCUCAGUGGUACAGCAGCAGCAGACACGAAUUGCAGAGCUGGAAAAGACCUCAGCAGAACACAAACACCAGCUGGCAGAGCAGAAGCGAGACAUCCAGCUGCUCAAGGCGUACAUGCGUGCAAUUCGCAGUGUCAACCCCAACCUUCAGAGCCUGGAGGAGACGAUUGAGUACAACGAGAUCCUAGAGUGGGUGAACUCCCUGCAGCCAGCACGAGUGACCCGCUGGGGAGGGAUGAUCUCCACCCCAGAUGCUGUACUCCAGGCUGUAAUCAAGCGCUCCCUGGUGGAGAGUGGCUGUCCUGCAUCUAUUGUCAACGAGCUGAUCGAAAAUGCCCAUGAGCGUAGCUGGCCCCAGGGUCUGGCCACACUAGAGACAAGACAGAUGAACCGGCGUUACUAUGAGAACUACGUGGCCAAGCGCAUCCCUGGCAAGCAGGCUGUUGUCGUGAUGGCCUGUGAGAACCAGCACAUGGGUGAUGACAUGGUGCAGGAGCCAGGACUUGUCAUGAUAUUUGCGCAUGGCGUGGAAGAGAUAUAGGAGAUCUCGACGGGCUAUCUGGAAGAGAUGAAAAUCGGAAAAUCCUGUCACUCCAGCAGCGGGGCCCUGAGUCCUCCCCACUUUCCUUAAUACUGUGGCUAACGCUAGAGCCACACAUCUCCCUGCUCUUCUGCCACUGAAGAGGGCCCCAGGGCACUCUGCUCAGCGUUUCAGGUGGGAAACCCAGAUUCCCUCCUUUUGCCUAAUAUCUUCCCCUACAAUGUCUGUAUAUUUUCCAUCUGGUUGGGAAAGUCCCCACCUCUAUUUCUGUUUUCCUGCCUAGGGUCCCUGGUUCCAGAUAUUUUCAGAAAGCACAAAGAUACUCAUUUUCUCUAGAGGAUCAGGAUGGAGUGAGGCAUCUCUAACUGUUCCCCGCCUCCAAAACCAGGGAAUCCAGAGCAGGCAGGCCUAUUGACUCUAUAAACAGCAUUUAGAGGGCGGCUCUGGGGAGCAGACAUCCUAAAGAAAUGGUAAGGAUGGAACAAAACCCUAGAAAUAAUGAGGCCAUCGCUGGUGGCCCUUAGAGGAAGACUGGACCUCUGUGCCAAGCAAUACCCUGUUCAGCCCACCUUAAAGGUGUGGGCUCCCGCUGGGUCUGCAGGUGUGCAGGUGGGGAUGCCGAAAAUUUCCAGAUGAGCUCUUCUUUCCUACACUUUCUCACGAUUAGGGCAUGACAGGGUUGGGGGUGAGGGGUUAGUCCAUUGGGGUGAAUAUGCUCAGCAGGAAGCAGCUCUCUGGCUUUUGCUGAAAUUGUGUAGGCACUGCCUCUGGCACAGGCCAUAAUAGUUCCAUAGUCCCCUCUCUCUCAGCCCUGUGAUUGUAACUAGUUAUUUUGAUAAUUUUCUUUGGCCAUUGUUUGUUUAUAUUUCACUCCCUCCCUCACAGUUUUUCUUUUUUUAAGAAUGGCCUGACUAUGGCUACCCCACUUUUCCAGCCCAGCCACAUUGUUGGCAAUUUAAUUUAUUUACUUUUUUUUUUUAAGAAAGGAAAAAGAAAAAAAAAUUAACAAAACUUAAAACUUCUUUUGCUGUUCCUAUUGUGGGGAUUUUUGGAUAGGGUGGGACGGGGAUGGGGUCUGUUUUAUAUUUUUCCUUUUCAGCACAACCUUUGGCUUUAAUAUAGGAAAGGCCAAGGGAGUCCUUGGCUGAACUGAAGUCUGCCCCAAUCCUCCGUAACCCAUCUGAGAUGAGGAGCUUCCUCUAUUCCAGUGAUGGAUGUGACAGUCCAGCAUCAAUGACUGUGCCCUCUGGAGAACUUUGCUCCCAGCCCAUCUAGGGUCUCACUGUAAAACUCUGGACUUCGAGUAUUAAUUUUGAAGAAAUCCUGCCCACCACUCCCCCCAACACCCGGUUUCCUUGGAGAUAUAUAGCUGGGUUCUAGCUUCAUCAGGCAAGAUGGGAUAGAAAUUAUGUCUCUGAGUACAAGCUGUGCUGUCUCACCCAUACCCCCUUAGGACUUCAGCUGCAUUUCGGGAUGCCCAGGGCAUUCCUUAAUCCCUGGGGUGACUAGAAGAGUAAGAGAAGGGGAGGGAUAGUGGGUAUGAUUGUCUUGAUAUGCAGGUGGAAGUGGGCUGGAGAGAGAUGGCCAUAAAGCUGCUCUUUUUGGAGCUUUUUUCCAGGCCAGCUUGCUGUAGGUCUGGGUAGCUGGGUCAUGGCUCCACUGGAACUGUGGGGAGGAGGGAAUACAGCUUGAAGGGGGUGAGGAACAGUCAUAUGUUCCAGCUCCAGGACAUUGUGCUCAGGAAUUUGAAAACGCUGCUAUACUUAGUCUGGUUACUACAUUUCUUCCACUCCCCUCUGCCCCUGCCUGCCUUACCCAGGCCCAUUCCCUCCUGUUGUCACCCUCAGAUGGAGCCAGGAAGCUCAGUUAAGGCUUCCCUACCCUUUGCACUAGUGUCUCUGCAGGUUGCUAGUUGUGUUAUAUAUGUGCUGUUCCAUGGUGUUGACUGCACUAAUAAAUCUUUUACUCAA